AAUUAAUUAUUGUUUAUUUUCUGUUUAUUGUGCGGUAGAUCCCCCACACCGAAAUGUCCCAAGAGGGAUCCGUUYAGACCCCAGUUGARGGUCAGAAUGUUGAGCAGCUCCCUGACCCUCGUACCAGGGCCCRAGUUGAGCAGAGACGACAACUGUUGUCUGGCCGGCUCAAUCUUCUGGCCACCGAGCUGCACGAUGCCGGAGCAGAUGUUGAGUCCCAUGUGCGGGUCCAGUUUGAUCUGCGGAAAGCCCAGGCAGACCUGGACGCAGCUCAGACUGGCACCGACUUACUGAGGAUCCAGGAGUUCAUUAUCCAGUGUCGUAAAGCACUAGAUGCGUACAUCUGUCAGCAGUUCGAAGACAUAGUAAAUGGCAGAAAUGUAAAAAAUGAGGUGGUGGUCACAGAGCAAACAAUUGAUGAGAAUAUUCGCCAGCUGGAAGAAGCUCUUGAAAAAGAGAAAACCCACAAGGCAGAAAUGAUAAAGAAAAAAGAGCAAGAUGAACAACAAGCAAAACGAGAACAAGAAGUCAGACAGCAUGUGGUAACUGUGGAACGGGCAGAACAGGUUGCGGCACUGAACCAGCUGGUUGAGUACCUUGCUCACUUAGAGACAAGGCUCGACCGUUUUGAAGCAAAGAUUGAAGAAUUGACCGUGGGUCUGACGAAUGUGACUAACCUAGUGAAGGGAAAGGAAAAAGAGGUUCAGAAGGAACAACCCAAGAGAAAAUUGAUGGGUGAUGCAAUGAAAGAUCUUCAGGUGGAGGUAAAGAAAGGAGAAUCGUCUUCACCACCACCUCCACCUAGUCCACCACCUAGUCCAAGUGGCAAGAAGGAUAAGGAGGAGAAACCUUAGAAGCCCAAGAAGAAAGAAAAGGUAAAGAUGAAAUUGCCUUUCAUGUUCAGCAACAAAAAGGAUGAAAAUUU